AUGGACGGUCCUGACGUUAUCGUGCCGUCCCUCGAGACGGUGAAGUCAGUGGUGGCCGGCAUCCUUGAGACAGCUAAGGCUGCGGCCGCCAAGGGCAGCGCCUCGUCGUACCGCCGGCCCAACCUGGUGCCAGUGUACGGCCAAAUCUCGUCGGACUUGAUCACGCCGUCGGCCGCGUAUCUCAAAGUGUCGGAGCACUACAAGUCCGAGUAUUCGUGCCUGUUUGAGAGCGCCGCCACCGAGCGGGUCGGCCGCUACAGUUUUGUGGCCGCAGGGCCGCGCAAGGUGAUUGAGACGGGCCCCGGCUUCGGCGAGGCCGCCGACCCGCUGCCGGCGCUCGAGGCCGAGCUGGCACGCUUCUCUGUGGCGCAUGUGCCCGGCGUGCAGCUGCCGCCGCUGGCUGGCGGUGCCGUUGGCUACGUGUCCUACGACUGUGUGCGAUAUUUCGAGCCCAAGACAGCACGUGAGAUGAAGGAUGUGCUGCAGAUCCCCGAGUCUCAGUUCUGCUUCUAUGAUACGAUUGUGGCGUUUGACCGCUUCUUCGGCAUCAUCAAGGUCAUCACCUACCUCAACAUCGAGCCCGCGGGCGAGGGCGAGGGCGAAACGUACGACGAUGCCGCCAUUGAGACCGAGUACCGCCGCGCGACGGACGUGAUCGACACGCUCAUCGGUGUGCUCAACGGGCCCGAGACGCCGCUGCCCGAGCAGAAGUUUGUCGAGCUCGGCCGCGAGUACAAGUCCAAUGUUGGCAAGGAGGGCUACAUGAACCACGUGACGGAGCUCAAGAAGCACAUUGUCAAGGGCGACAUCAUCCAAGCGGUGCCGUCGCAGCGUUUUGCGCGCCCGACGGACCUGCACCCGUUCAACAUUUACCGCCACCUACGCACCGUCAACCCGUCGCCCUACUUGUUUUACGUCAACUGCGGCGGCCGCUUCCAGAUUGUCGUCCGAGGGGGCCGCAUCAUCACGCACCCCAUUGCCGGCACCGUCAAGCGCGGCAAGACGGCCGAGGAGGACGAGGCGCUGGCCGAGGAGCUGCGGUCGUCGCUCAAGGACCGCGCCGAGCACGUCAUGCUGUGCGACCUGGCGCGCAACGAUGUCACACGGGUAUGCGACCCGCGCGAGACGCGCGUCGACCGGCUCAUGGUGGUCGAGAAGUUCUCGCACGUGCAGCACCUAGUGUCGCAGGUGUCGGGCGUGCUGCGGCCAGAGUGCACGCGGUUCGACGCGUUCCGAUCCAUCUUCCCGGCGGGCACGGUGUCGGGCGCGCCCAAGGUGCGGGCAAUGGAGCUGAUUGCGGAGCUGGAGGGCGAGAAGCGCGGCGUGUACGCGGGCGCGGUGGGCUAUUUCGGAUACAAUGGCGUGGCGGCAGACGGGGUGACCACGGUGGACGGCGCCAUGGACACGUGCAUUGCGCUGCGGACGAUGGUGGUGGUGGACGGCGUUGCCUAUCUGCAGGCGGGCGGCGGCAUUGUGUUUGACAGCGACGAGUACGACGAGUGGGUGGAGACGAUGAACAAGCUGGGCGCCAACAUGCACUGCAUCACGUCGGCCGAGCAGCUGUAUGCGCGGCGGCAACAAAAGAACAACAGAGCGGCGCCAUAA